AUGAGUGGUGCAGGUCUCAGCUGGCCCGCACUCGUGCAGCCUUACCGCGGUCGGCUCGAAGAGUGGUUUGGCACGCCAGAGAAGCUGCAUGCAUCCUUUGACACUAGAGAAGAGCUCGUGGAGUUGCUUAGGAAUUGUGAUAAAGCUUUGCUGGAAAGCAGUGUUGCCUUGAUCGCAGAUGCUCUUCUUGAAUGGCACACUGAUGUUUCCCGACUGGUGGCCAGUGGGCGCAGGGAAGCAAGGAGGCGCUUGACAGAGUGCUUGCCCAGUGUCCCGGGAACUGGUCUUAGCCUGCAUGAGCAUUACAAUCAGAUCGCACUUCAGAGUCCACUUGCGUUGCUUCCGGUUCUUCGCAAGCGAAAGUUAGCUACUGAUAGGGUCGUAGAUCGCGGUGCCAGGGCCACUGAAGAGAUACGACUUCGGCAGGAGUAUGCAUUGCGUCUUGCAGCCAUCAUGCAGGAGGCGCAACUGCCGGUGUGCAAGGUGCUUGCAGGGGUCAGCAAUGCCGAGGAAGCCUGGCCACGGCUGUUCGGGACCCGUCGCUCCAAGACAUUGAGGAAUCGCUUUAGGGCUUGGGAUAAGUUUCGGGAAUGGUUGCUUUAUAGCCGUGGCAGAAGCUAUCCGGAAGGGGUAGCCGAUGUGCUAGACUAUGCCAAUGAACGAUUCCAGGAAGGAUGUGGAAAGACAGUUCUCGAAAGCCUGCAAGCCUCUCUCAGUGUACUUGAAGGUGUAGGGCGCGUGCCGUCUACGCAGCAGAUAUCUCAGGAUCCCACAUGGCAGGCGCAGCUCAAAAGUUACACAGCCGAUUUGAUUUCAGCGGCACCGCCGGAGCAGCCAGCCAGCAUGCUCACCGUUGCUAUCGUUCUCGCAUGUGAGAUCUUCGUCUGCACGCCUGGGGAGCCGAGUUACUUGAGAGCAUUGGGCUUUGUAUGCUUAUUGAUGGUUUGGGGGUCACUUCGGGCCGAUGAUGUUCAGGGGCUCCUGCCGCAGACCAUGCUUCUGGACGAGCGAGGGCUUAGCAUUGAUCUCGCGCGGUCCAAGACUACAGGGCCCGACAAAAGGACCCACACCGUCAAGGUCUUCGUGGAACGGAGUAUCUCUCUGACAGGGCAUGAUUGGCUGAAGGCCGGAUAUGCACUUUGGAAGGAUUUCGAUUUUGAGAGGGAUUAUUUGGUUUUGAAGGCCAAUGAAGGUUUCACGGAACCCCUUGAGAAGUCGGUGCCUUCCUCCACGGUGGCCCUUUACUUCCGCAAAGUUCUCAGUGAGUUGAAGACGCCCAAGCGUGAGGGGCGCACCUGGAAGGCCAAUGAUCAGCGUCCGCUGCUCCCAGGAUACACUUCCAGUCAUUUUACGGGCCACUCUGCGAGGAACUUCCUUAGCUCGGUCGAAGCGGCCAUCGAUGUCGUGGAUUCCAUCAAGGCUUUGACGGACUAUGCAGCUAAGGCUGGGGAGAGCGAAUCUCAGGUUCGUCGCCGUCACACCCUCCUCGAGGGAUCCAAAGGCUUGGGCGGAUCGUGGCCAACUCUGGCAUUGGAAGUGGGUGUUGCGGCACCACCUUCUCCAGUCGAGCAGGUCUCGAUGCCAGGCAGCCGGGGGGAUUACUUCAUCGUUACCUCUCGCACCACAGGCCUGAGGCGUUUGCACAUGUUGGGUUGCUAUGUCAAGCCUGAGAAUUGUUACGAUGUAAAAUUUGUCAAUCAUGUCGGCGCGGAGGACGUCGAUAACAUUUGCAAAGAUUGCAAAGCAAGAAUGAAGGCUCAGGCCGGAGAGGAGGAAUCAGACCCCUCCAGCAGUGACAGUGGGAGGAAGUCUCACUCGGCGCAGGCCGUGAGGUGCCGACGGAUUCCGCAUCCUGUCACAGGCCUCAGGGCGACGGGUGGACACAUCGCAGUGCAGCUAAAGGCCUCAGGGCGGCUAGCAAUCAAAGUCCUACAGGGCCACAGGCGAUUCCAGGCAAUCGCCGAUUCCCGGCCGGAAGCUCGGGCUGCUGGGAAGGCGGACUUUGGUUUGGAUGAUGGGGCUGCAGAAGGGCGACAACAAAUCGCGGGGGUCGUCGCUGCAUGGGAACUUGCGCGCGACGUAAUCAGCAAAGAGACGGAAACGCGAGCAGAGGCGAAAGUGUUAGGCCAGCCGCGAAUCUUGCAAGUCACAGAGAGGCAAGCAAUGCUCAAGGCGGUAGCGGCCGUUCACGGGCAGCUGGGAGAGUCGGAGACUCCAUCGUCUGAGUACCUCGCUCUCAAGUGCGAGGAGUGCGAAGCCAAUGAGCCUCAGGCUUCAACCUUGGAUGCCAUAACUUCUAAGAAGAACACGCUUACCACGAGCAUCCAGUCCAGCCUUGACGCUUCGGGGCGAAUUCAUAUUACUCAGCACAAAUCCAAGAGUGAGCUCCCGACUACUACUGAAGCUUAUCGCAAGGUCCUUCGCGUGGAAGCUUUCACAUGGCUAUGCAUGGCAUCCCGCUUCAAAUCCAAGCAGUGGUUUCAGGAUCUCAAGCUGUCUGACUUCGACCACUUCGUGAACUACAUCCUUGGCGAAAAGGUCGCCCAGCUCUCAGUGCCUACGUCUCAUCAGCCAGCCGAUGAGACCUACUUCACGACGCCGCUCGCAUUGUCCAUCAUUGAGCGACCACGCAAGUGGCACAAAGGCAAGGGCAAGAGCAAGGACGAUCACAUCGCCUACCAGCCUCAGCUGUACAGUCCGAGCGGGCUCCGUGUGCUCUACAUUUUCGCGGGGCCCCAUCGCAAAGGUGAUGUGGGCUCUUACCUUCAGUCUUUGGGCAAUGUCACUAACCUUCUUCAGUUCGAUCUUCAGCGCUCCACAGAGCAUGACUUGACUAAGGAAGGCUUGUGGCAGCACAUCUUUCAGUUGCUUGGCGAAGGGGAUUGGAUCCUCAUUGUGGAGCAGGCUAAUUAUUUUCUUGAUCAGACCGUGACGGCAUGUCAACUUGCAUGGCAGUAUGUCCUGGAGCACCCGGAGGAUCUCGGUGCGACGCCGGAUCACGAGUUACCGGCUUCCAUUUGGCAACUACCAGCUCUGCGUGAGCUCCAGGUUUCCACUCAGGCCAUCACUUUUGCAUUCUUUCAAUGCAGCUUUGAGGCUCCCACUUCCAAACCUACCCGCCUUCUCACUAAUCUCACGGCCUUUGUCGAGCAGCCUCCGCCUUUUGCUUCAUGGCCACGCUUCGACUCCAGCGAUCGCUACGUGGGGCCGUUGCCGCCACGUUGCCCGCACGGGAAACACGACAAACUACUUGCAGGCCGAGAAGGCACCCGCUGGGCGACCGAGUCAUCCGCAGCCUAUCCUCCUCUGUUGUGUGAGUGGCUUGCGCAUGCUGUGCUUGCUUCCGCUUCGCAUGGGGGACUUGGGUCAGCGCCGCACAGCUUCGUUCCAGGUGAGGCAGGUCCAAUGCAGGAGGUGCUCCGGGAGGAGUCUUGUGAGGCACCUCAGGUUUGGCCACAGGAGGUGCAGCAGGAAUCCCACGAGGCGACGCAGGAGGCAUGCGAUGAGGAUCUCGCGUUUCUUCGUGGGCAUGGUUUCGUCCUUCCGGGCGAAGAGCACAGUGUUGACCUUGAGGCGGUCCAGUCAGAUGAUUCGGAGGUGCUGGAGGGGGGCGAGGCCGAAAGACCGGAGCCCUUCAAGCAUCAGGAGUGCCACAACACCGGGCUGCCUUUGAACCUCGAGUGGGAUGGCGAAACUCAGCCGAUCACGGAUGGCUUUGGGCUCUGCUCACCCACUAGAUGGCCUCCGGAAGCCAGGGGGGGCCUGCUGCCCAAGCAGGCUUUGGAGUUCGCCACUGCCAUGCAUCAAGUGCUUCGAGACUUUGUAGCGGACGUUGUGCCUGAUAUCAGGCGCACGGCGAUGGAGCUUGCGCUAGGCAAGUGUACGGAUCUUGAUGUGGUGCCGAGUGGCCAGCCAUUCUUCUUGCAUGCUGUGUCUGCGACAGCGCGGCUGUUGCAGGACCCAGAUUGGAACGCCGUUUCUUGCCAGGAGGACUCCUAUGUCAGCGGGGUCGCGAUCGGUUAUGACUGCCCCGCGCCUCACUUGCCACAGGUGUACGAGUACAAAUACAAGUCCCGCAAGCUCGAUGAAUCGGAUGCCGAGUGGCAUCGCGAGAACUAUUCGUCGGCAAACGAAACGUCGGAUCAGCUUGAGAAGAAGUUUGCAGAGGAAGAGCUUCUUGGGCGCAUGGCGCCCGUACUUGAGCAAAAGUACGGGCGGGAUAGGGUUAGGAUAGCUUCUUUAGGUUCCUUGAUUAAACCAGACGGCUCCGCUCGGCCGUUACACGAUGGCACCCACGGUGUGCACGUCAACAAUGGUAUUAGGCUACUUAAUCAGCAAUCUAAUCCCGGACCCCAGGAAGUAGUUCACCUUGUGCGUAGCGCAAAGCAGAGUCAGGAGGCCACCUUUUGCCUCACCGGCGAUGUGACGGCGGCUCACAGGUUGUUCCUUGUCAGAGAGGCCGACUGGCCUUUGUUGUGCUGUAAGGUGCGCAACGACACGCCGGUCGUUUGGUACAACAAAGUAGGAACGUUCGGUAUAUCAUCAUCCGCCUUCCUUUGGUCUAGAUUGUUCGGAAUCAUCGGCCGCUGCACCGCACGCUUUCUUUUGACCUUGUGGUUCUAUCACCUCGUCUUCGUAGAUGAUGUUCACGCCAACUUCGCAGGAAGGGAGAAAUUUCAUCAUUUGCUCAUGUGGCUAGCAUGCUUCGAGAUGUUUGGCACACCUUUCGCAUACAAGAAGUUCCGCGGUGGGCUCACUUCGGCUUUUGUGGGUUACGAACUUUCUUAUCCAGACCAGAGGGUUGGAAUUUCGGAAUCGCGGGGCCAGUGGCUCUUGAAAUGGAUCGCUGAGGCUCGGUCCUCGAAGUUUGUUGUGUCGGUUCGCAGGUUUGCUGAGUUCUUAGGGAGACUGGGCUUCGUUGCUCGGCUUUUGGUUUGGCUUAAGGCACACCUUGCACCGCUUUACAGCUGGAGGGCAGCGGUGAACGACAGUUCAGUCGCUCGGAUGCCCGAUACCGUCAUCCUUACUCUUGAAUAUCUUGACCUCACGUUCAGGGACAUGACGUUCAAGGUCGCCGCAGCAAGAUCGGUCAAGAGAGCAGGCGUGGCCUUCCGCACUGAUGCAAAGUGUGCGGACGGGUACGUGGUCCUUGGGGGUUGGGAUUGCGCAGGCACAACUCAGGAGUCCAGGUGGUUCUCACUUCGACUUACUCCUUCAGAGGCCCCUUACCUCUUUGACUCAGAAGGUCACAGUCAGUGGGCUUCGGCAUCGGCUGAACUGCUGGCCACGCUGGCCGCACUGCACAUCUUCGGUCACCUUGAAGCCGGGCCAACUAGGCGUUUGAUGAAGGUUGAGGUUUUAGCUCAGACGGAUAAUAAGUCUAACGAGGGCUUGACUCGCAAGGGUUCUACAACGCGCUGGCCCUUGCUCAUGGUGAACAUGCAGCUCACCCAUGUUCUCAUGAAGGCCGGCUUGCGGUUGAACUUGGGAUGGCGUCCCCGGGACGAAAAUCAGGAGGCCGAUGAUUUAACCAACGAAAUCUUCGACCGUUUCUCUGAGGAGUUGCGGGUCCCAGUGCAGUACUCCGAAUUGCCGCUUUCCUUUCUUCACACUCUUUACGAAGCCAGGCGUGCACAGCUGAGCACCCGUGAAGUGGAUUCCAUCCGCGACACGGUCGGUGGCAGGCCACGCUUCAGAGGCAAGAGAAAGAGAGAGAAGUCUCCUUGGUGA